CUGCUGCCCCUCAUCACCCAAUGUACAUGUGCUACAACUCCUCACUGCCCCUUAUGCCCAUCACACAGUGUGAAAAGAGGGCCAAAGCACCCCUUGUGCCUGUUGCUGUCUGCACUAUAUAUUGUAUGAUUGUAGGUCAGUGUUUGAUGUCCCUCAGAUGCCUUCUAUGUAUUCUUUGCCUCUUGAACUUAAAUGUCAUAUCCUUGGCUAUUGCAACAUUCAGGAUAUUGCUGCCUUAGCACAGGCCAGUGCUCUGCUCAAUGCUAUUGUGCAUGAUUACAUUGAACACUGCCUGCAUGUCAUGAUGGCCACAUUCUUCAGCUUGACCAAGAUGCUGAAAAGCAUCUUGCAGGCAUGUGAUGCAGUCAUUUCAGGUUCAUGUGCUCUGCACAUCCUGCUACCAGCAAACAAGACUUUAAUCUCUGUCCUAUUGGAAUGUGAAGGGUACAAAAUUGUGCAGCAACAAUCAAUAAAUGGAGGACCAUACGAUUUGUCUUCAAUUCAAGCUGUGGUUUCAUUUUCCAACAUGUGUCAGUGCAUCAAUGUCAUCAUCUCCACAAUGGCAGCAGCUGUUUCUCCCACUUUUGAAUUUCACAGCACUGCAGUCAUGAACUUCAUCACAGCUGACAGUGUGUUCUGUGCCUAUCCCACAUUCACCCUCUGUCUCAUGUCUAUGGUAAAUCUGGGUCCUGUAUAUUUCAGUCCUUGGGGUGUCAAGAUGAUGCAGGCCCUCAUAAAAUAUGGCACUCAUGGUUUUUGGUUGGUGCCAUGCAAUGACAUCCAUCGACUAUCUGCUGUUUGCAGAUCAAUGCCUUGCUCGAUCGCAGACCAUGAUUGCCUUUGGGUCAACACAAACAUGAUGUCCUGUGUAACAAUGUCACCUAGUGACAUUUUCUACUUGUUGGGGUUCAUCAACCUCAUUUGGCUUCUGGGUGGUUACAUAUGUGGCACUACAUAUCCCUUUAUCUGUGCACAGUGUUUUCUGAUUGAGGAUGAUUUCCAUGAUCUCUUGGGACCUCACUUCCUCGGAAGUGUGGAGUUUUAGGUGGCUUGAUGGGUUUCGUGGUCAGGUUUCUCUAAGUUUUGGUAGUUUCACAAGGUUAUGUAUCUCUACUUUGUAUUAUGUGGUCG